AUGGAGACUUCGAUGAAAGUACAACGCCUCAGAGCGAAGAAGUUUAACACUACAAAUCGUUCUGAUGUAGCUAAGCCAAUUUCAACGCAACAAAAAUUGAAAAAACUCAAAAUUGUUUUAAGUAAAAAUGUUAGAGAUUAUUGUGAAAAUACUUCGGUGCAUGGUCUAAAAUACGUAGUAAAUAAAAAUCUAUAUCCAUUCGAGAGGUUAUUUUUCGCAAUAUCUUUCAUAUGCGUCGUGAUUGGUACUGUAUAUUUUGUUGCUAAAAUAUAUGAAAAGUGGAAUUAUACCCCCAUGUUGGUGAGCAUUAAUCCAAAGUUGUGGCGUAUUACAGAAGAACCGUUUCCGGCAGUUACUAUUUGCAAUCUCAAUCAAGCAUAUAAAGCAAAGGCGGAACAGUUUUCGGUCUAUUCGUUGGAGCAUACGAUUUUACAAAUGAUUUGUAAGCUUGAUGUCAAUGUUACCAUUGCCGAGGCCAUUACGGUCACAGACUGGAAUAAUUUGAGAAAUUUUAUUUAUGGGAUUUCGCAACCCUGCUUUAAUAUGUUGCUGCAGUGCAAGUAUGGUAGCACAUUUUUUAAUUGCAGCGAAAUUUUUCGCCCAAUCAUUACGGACAAUGGACUGUGCUGCACUUUCAAUAUGGUACAUCCAAAGUUUAUGUACCGAGAAAUAGUAAUUAAAACAUCAUCUGCUCAAAACUAUAACUACCCAAUUGGCUAUGAAGCUAUUGAUUGGAGUACUGAAAAUGGUUUUCCAGCCGAUUUACCUAAAAAAUUCACACCGAUGAAAGCACUAGGUACUGGUGAGAGUCAGGGACUGAGCCUUAUACUGGAUGUUGAGCGAGAUGAAUAUUACUGUUCUUCCUCGGAUGGUAUCGGUUUUAAAAUUCUACUCCACAAUCCAUUAGAAGCGCCGAAUAUGCGUGAAAUUGGACUUUUACUUGCGCCUGGACGUGAAACGCAAAUUAACAUAUACGCUGAGAAAGUAGAAUCUGAACAAUAUGUGCGUUCUGUAAGCAAGGCUUCACGAAAAUGCUUGUUCGAAGAUGAACAAAUUUUAAAAAUAUAUAAAAAGUAUACGCAACGAAAUUGUAUUGAGGAAUGCAGUGUUUUCGCUUGGUUGGGUAUUUGUGGUUGCUUGCCUUAUUUUAAACCAAUGCCUUAUGGUAAUGAAACUAUUUGUGACAUGCUUGAUUCCACAUGUGUUGAACGUAUCCGUAUACGGACGAUGCUAUAUGACAAGGCGGGAAAAAGUUGUGCUAAUAUUUGUAUACCAGGCUGCAACGAUAUUAACUAUUCGCCAUCGUUUACCUCUGCACCACUUAUACAAACGGAAUUUCCAACUCAGAGCGAAGUUGCCAAAAAUAUUAGUAACGGCUAUUUGAAGAAAAAUAUUGCUGUGGUGAAAAUUUAUUUUAAAGACAGCACCUAUGGAGGUGCGAAAAAUUCUGAUUUUAUCCGUGCACCAGAUUUUUUAUCAAAUAUUGGAGGCAUAAUCGGACUCUUCUUUGGCGUCAGUUUCAUUUCAUUAGCUGAACUGAUUUUCUACUGUAUUUGGAGACCCGUUCAAAAUUCGGAGAUUCAUGGAUUACGCUACUUCAAUCAACAGCAUUUGAAUUUGGGCGAAAGCCCAUCAGUGUUUAAUUCCAGUAGCAGAUAUCCGCCAAACGUAAAACCAGUCGAUUGGAGUAUAGAAACUGGUUAUCAGUCUCCCUUACCAAAGUAUUAUUCACCCGCUAAGGCCGUGGGUGCAGGACAAUCACUUGGCUUGAAUCUUGUUUUAAAUGCAGAGACCGAUGAGUAUUAUUGCUCAUCAGGAAAUAGUAUUGGGUUCAAAAUGAUAAUACAUAAUCCAAAUGAAGAGCCGAGCGUACACGAAACUGGUUUACUCAUUUCGCCAGGUGAUGAGUCUUAUGUACGCAUCACUCCGAGCAAAACGGAGACAGAUAGAAGUUUGCGACAUAUGGAUAUGAAAAGUAGAAAUUGUGUUUUUGAAAAUGAGUACAACCUAACAACGUUUUCCCACUAUUCCUUUGCUAAUUGUAUGCACGAUUGUAGAGCAACAAUGAUACGCAAAAGGUGUAACUGUGAAACUGCUUUUCUCGCUUCACGAUGGACGAAUUUAACAACAUGUAGCUUAAAAAAAUUAGAAUGUGUACUAGAAAAUAGUGAACGUGGUUGUUCGCAGCAAUGUUGGCCCGAAUGCUUUAUAAAACGUUACAAAGUGAAUAUAUUUUCAGCAAAGCUCGUCAACACAGGAGUAGAUAUGAAUAAACCAAAAUUUCGUAACAUGAGUGAGGCUUAUGUCGAAAAUAAUAUUGCUAUUGUGAAGUUUUAUCUGAACAAAUACACCUAUAUGGGCACUUUACGGACGUCGUAUAUCGGGUCGACCGAUGCUUUGUGUAAGUGGAAUUAA